AUGGUGAAAGAUACAGAAUAUUACGAGCUUUUGGGCGUUAGCACGGAUGCAGAUGGGAUCACAAUCAAGAAGGGAUACCGGAAGAUGGCGCUAAGGUACCACCCGGACAAGAACCCGGGAAACAAGGAGGCGGAGUUGAAAUUCCAGGAGGUGGCAGAGGCAUAUCAAAUAUUGAGCGAUCCGCAGAAGAGAAAGAUAUACGAUGAGGUGGGAAAAGAGGGCAUGAACAAGCAGGGCGUCGAGACAGCCGACGUGGAUCCGAAGGAGUUCUUCUCGAUGAUAUUUGGAGGCGAGGGCUUCCGGAAUUAUAUUGGGGAGCUAAGUUUUAUUAGUGGGAUGAUGGAGGAUUUGAAUGUGGAUGAAGGCGAGGACGAGGGGACAGAUGGGAGUGAAGAAACAACUGGGAAGGGUCAGCCGGACAGGAAGGUUGAUGACACGAAGCUGAUUAAAGGAGAGGGGGAUCGGCGUGGAGGAAAACUGAGCGAGAUGUACAACCGGCAGCAAGAGGUGAAAAAAGACGUUAAGCAGAGGAAAUCGAAGAUCACGGCCGAGUACAUCGAGAAACGCAAGAAGGAGGAGGAUGCAAAGGUGGGCGAGCUUACGGAAAAGCUUGUUGAGAAGUUGAACGGUGUGAUAAAGUCUGGAAAGAUCGAUGAAGGCGAGUUUGCAGCUUUACAGGCGAAAACACGGCAGGAUGUGGAAAACUUGGUCUUGGAGUCGUUUGGCGUGGACAUCUGCCACGAGAUCGGUAAAAUGUACAAGUUCAAGGGCAAGGCAUUUGUGAAAUCGCGGAAGGCGAUCCUGGGACGGUUCCACAAGAUUGGAUCAUCGUUGAAGCAGGGAAAAAACACCGCUAAAGGUAUGUGGAGCAUGCUAUCUAGUGCCCAGGAAGCUCAGAGCACACUUGAGGCUAUGAGCAAGCUUGAGGAGUCGGAGGAUGGGGAAAUGGACGAAUAUGAAAGGGCAAGAUACGAACAGGCGAUGACGGGAAAGUUCCUCAAUGUGGCCUGGAUGUCUUCGAAGUUCGAAAUUUCACAAACACUCGGCAAAGUUUGCAGCAGGGUGCUAAACGACAAGUCUGUUUCUGCUGAGGAGCGGAGGUGCCGCGCGGAGGUGAUGAUUGCCAUGGGGGAAAUUUUCAGUUCCGCGGAAAGGAGCGGGGAGGAGUCCGCGGAGGAUGCCCAGGUGUUUGAGCAGAUGGUCAAGGAGGCGGGCAAGACGCGGUCGCGGGAUAUCAGGCGGGAGGCAUACCUGAAGAAGCGGCAGCGCGAGGGGGUCGCGGGGGCGGUCGCAGCUGGAGGCAGCGGGAGCAGGGGGGAGGAGCCGGGGGAGACGAAAAGGGUCAGCCCGGAUGCCGCAGACGCGGGGAGCGAAUCUCGAAAGGGGGGAUUUUUUUCGCGGCGGAGGUGA